AUGGCAAAAAUCCUCGACUACAAUCCCUCUCCGAAUUACUACUCCAACCUCGUCCACGACCAGCGAUACGCCCUUAUCUCGUCCUUCACGCUAGAAUCCGGGCAGGAACUGCAUUCUUUCCCCAUUGCAUUCAAGACCUGGGGCGUGCUGAACGCCAACCACGACAACGUCAUCGUCGUCUGCCAUGCGCUGUCCGGCAGCUGCGAUAUCGAGGACUGGUGGCGGCCUGCCAUCGGACCGCGGCAGGGCCUCGCCCUCGACAUCUCGCGUUUCUUCGUCUUCUGCGCCAAUAUGCUGGGUUCGCCGUAUGGAUCGGCGUCGUCGGUGACGCUGAAUCCAGAGACUGGAUCUCCGUACGGGCCUGGGUUUCCGCAGACUACCGUCAGAGAUGACGUGCGCGUCCAGAAACUCGUCCUCGACGCGCUAGGCGUCGCCUCAGUCGCCGCUGUGAUCGGCGGUUCAAUGGGAGGCAUGGCCACGCUCGAGUGGCCUCUGUGCACACCAGCCGGUUACGUGAAAAGCAUCAUCCCAAUUGCGACGGCAGCCCGACAGAGUGCUUGGGGCAUUAGCUGGUCUGCAGUGCAGCGCAACUGCAUUCGCGCUGAUCCUGCCUACCACGGGGGAUAUUAUAACCCUGACCCGGCAGGACAGCCCUAUGCCGGGCUCGCGACGGCCAGACAGGUGGCGAUGCUGACGUACCGGAGUUCUGUCUCGUUUGAGCGACGCUUUGGGAGGAAGCCAGCCGAGGUAAAGACAUAUACAUAUGGCAAUAGUGGCAUCGUAACCAACGGCGAGUCUAUAACCAAAAAGCCGUCUCCUCGUCCAGACGAAAAGCCCUGCUUCGCCGCCCAGAGCUACCUCCAAUACCAAGGAGAAAAAUUCCUCUGCCGAUUCGACGCAAACUGCUAUCUGCAUCUAAUUGACAAGAUGGAUCUGCACGACGUGGCACGGGGGAGAAGAUGCGACGCAGCAGCAGACGACUCCACAGUCGUGUCCACCAUUCUGGGCUCACUCCCAUCCAAAGCGCUCGUCAUCGGCGUGGAGAGUGAUAUACUCUUCCGGCUCGAGCAGCAGGCGGAAUUAGCCGCUCUGAUACCGGACGCAGAACUCGUUGUGGUUCCGUCGCAGGACGGCCACGACGGGUUCCUGCUCGAGUUUGACAUGCUGAACGAGGUGAUCUCGCGGUACUUGAAGGAUAGGUUUCCGCAGUUUUACGAGGGGGAGCCGGCUCUUGUGGACGUGGGGAUGGAUCCGCGUGUGAAGAGCAAAAUGGAUAAUGAAGGCCAUGAUCUUACUCAACUACAAAGAAAGAACCAAUAA